AUGUCUUCCAAAGAAUCGGAUGAAGUCAUGGAGAUGCCCCAUCAAUACGUGGAGAGGGUGGCGGCCCUCGAAGCCCAAAUAAAGGAACACCAGGAGCACAUCAAGGUGCUGAAGUGGCAACACCAGGUUUAUGAGAUGCAAAUGGACAUUGAGCGGCAUAAUCAGGAGCGGCGUAUCGAGGCGCUGGAGAAACAGCUCCAAGAACUGUUGCAAGAGCAGACAACACUACCACUGUUUCUCCAGGAAAUACUGCAAGACGAACAACGACAGGCAACACUACCAUCGUCUAUCCGGGAAGUGCUCUUGCCACCUCGCCCUGCCCCGACGUCAAACCAACCGCAACAGCCUCCUCCCCCGCCACCAGCAGUGGCACAAGCGGCAGCAUCAGCGGCAGCAACGCAAGCAGCACCACUAUUAACCAUUACACAUGAACAAGAAUGGGGUCGAGGUCCAGGACGAGGACGGGGCCGAGGACAUCGCCGUGGUCGCCAUGAGCGCCACUACCGCAUCCAGGGCAUGGAUUUUUGGGGGAGUCUCCGAUACGUAACAUCUGACGGUGUUACCAUGGAGCUUUAA